UGGCGUCGGUAGCCUAACAGGCAGUGAUUUCUCUGUCGUGAUUGUUGUUAAAACCGCAGUGAUACCGCGUAAUAUUCGGAUACGUAAGUCGUGACGACAUUAUCUCUGUGAAGUUAAUAAUAGUGAACAGAACCGACAAGAGUAAACGCCGUUUUGUCGGCAUAAAUCGUCCAGUGAUGGUGAAGGUUCAGGACGAGGAGCCCAGAGCUGGACAGGUGGCGGACCGUGGGGCGAGUACCCAAGGGGGCGGACGCCGCGGCUCUCAUGGGCCCGGCAAGGUACCCGCCGCUGGGACUUCCAAUGUAGCCACCCCUCACUUUCACUACCACUGGUCCUAUCCUUCUACCACCGGCCCUAGCCCCACGCCCGCCACUUUCCACUUCGGGCCCGGGUUCGAACCUCAAACCUCCCCUCAGCAACACGUCGUCUACUUCCAUGUCAACCCGGGUGUCACCGUCAGCUUCCAGACGGGCGACAACGUCCAAGUGAUUAAAGGUCCGGUGACGGUGCCCAUGGUGUCCACCAACUCCUCGCCGCCCAUCGCCAUGCCCGUGCAGGUGCCCCAUGGGCAUGUCGUUCAGCAGAUUGUCGACGAGAGCGGCACACUGCGACACGUCAUAUUGUCACCACAGCAUCCACCCAUCGUCCCCAUGCCCACGCACUUUGGGCCUGGACCUGCGACUGGGUCUAACCAGCCUCCGCAGCCUUUCUUCACUGCGCAAGGAAUACCUCCCGGUUACCCUCCCUACGGGCCGCUACAGCCAGGCAUGCUCGGACCUUUACCUCCUCAGCAGGGUCAUUCCCCACCUCCGAAUUUCCAUAAAGAUGAGAGGACACAGCGGCAAUAUAUUAAGCUAAAGAAAAAAUUAGAACAGAAACAAUUAGGAAUGCAAUUAGGUGACCAAAGGACUCCUCCAGUAUCACCAAGAAAAGAAUACUUAAACGGUAUCCGGGUGGGGGGCAAGAAGGGAGGAAUGAGCAGCGUGGGGACGUCGGAGGAUGGAGAGGAGAGCAGCAGUGUGCAAGAUGAAGACGAAGAGAUGGCUCUCAUAUCAGACCUGCUGUCUACUAUCAAGGCUCCUCAGGUGACGGAGCUGAGUUGCCGUAGUGCUCUGCUACAGUGGCGGCCGCCUGACUGUAAAUCUACACCUGAGCUAGAAGUGACAGAGGACAGUGUUAGUUACGAGGUGCUGCUGAGUGACAAGGGGAAGGAGGGGAAGUACAAGAGCAUUUACAGCGGCCCUGCACUCUCCUGCAGGAUCCAGGACCUCAAGCCUGGUGUGGAGUAUAGCGUUUGUGUGACGGGAUGGCUAGAAGGGGUGGCAGGUAGUGCCAGUGAGCCUAGCCUAUUCCGCACUCCCGCGUGUGAACCUGACACUCCGGCCGUACCUAAGCUGAUCAGUCGUAACCGCACUGCGUUGCAGUUACGUUGGGCCGCUGCUGCCGACAACGGCGCUCCAAUAACCCACUACGUUCUGGAGAGCUGGCAGGAAACAAGCAACUCUUGGACGGAGGUAUACCGAGGCAAGGGUAAACAGAGUAAUCUGUCCAAGCUGCAGCCAGCCAGCACCUAUACCUUUCGUCUGUCUGCCGUCAACGAGUGUGGACAGAGUGAGUGGUCGGACGAGGUUUUGUUUUGCACAAGUGACAGUCCGCCCCCGGUCCCCUCUGCCCCUGUACUGCGUGAGGCUGGAGUCAACUUCCUCAGCCUCGGAUGGGAGAGACGCCCUGUAGAUGAGGAGUUCACUCUCCAGAUGGACGAUCGGGACACGGGUCACGGUUUUCUACCUGUCUACAACGGAAAGGAGCUCGGCCACGUCUGUACGGAUCUGCGCCGCCACACCAACUACAAGUUUAGACUGAGAGCUCAGAACGAGGAGGGUUCGUCGCAGUGGAGUGAGGAGGUUAGCUACCGAACACUGCCCGGUCGACCGGCGCCCCCCACCCGGCCCUACGUCAAGGGUAGAGUUCACGCUCACUCCUUCAAGGUGAAGUGGGAACCUCCUAAUGACAGAGGAGGGACAGAUAUCACCUCAUACUCUGUACAGCUCAAGAAAAACGGAGAGUUUGUGGCGGUGUACGCGGGGCCGGACACGGAGUGUGUGGUGGACAGGCUCAGUCCCGGCACUGCGUACGAGGUGAGAGUCUGCUGUGAGAGCGCUGGUGGCACCAGCGACUACUCGGACUCUCUGGUCGUAGCCACUGAAGCGACAUGCCCCGGCCAGUGUGCACCACCUCGUCUCCACGGCAAACCCAGGCCCUACAGCGUCUCACUCAAGUGGAACUACCCUGAGGUGGACGGAGGUGCGCCAGUUAGUGAGUGUGAGAUCAUGGUCCGAACACCCAACGUAGAGGACAGAAUAGCUUACAGAGGCAAGGACACUGAGUGUACCGUCACCUCACUGAGUCCUGGACAUUCCUACGCCUUCCUGCUACGUGCCAACAAUAGAGUGGGCGCAGGGGCUUGGUCGGAGCCUCUGGAGGUGUGUAGUGGCAAUGCCCCACCUGAUGCCCCCGGAGCACCAACGUGUGUGGCUCGCUCCGGUGGUGUGGUGGCCUGCUCGUGGGACGAGCCUCGUGCCAACGGUGCGCCUAUCACCGACUACCGCCUGGAGAUGGGUCACGGCGCCACACCCACCUUCACUCCCGUCUACAACGGCACACACACUACCUGUGAUGUUAGGAACAUUCCCCCAGCCUCCCUCUGCCUGUUCAGGCUUCAGGCCUGCAACAUGGCAGGGUGGAGUGAGUUCUCCCCUCUGACCACCCUGGUGUCCCCGCCUGGAGUGCCAGGUGCCCCCGCAGCUCCCCGCUACACAGCAACGCCUCACAGUCUUAAUCUCAGCUGGAGCGCCCCGCCUGACCACGGUGCCCCAGUCACCCACUACCUCGUAGAGGUGGCCGAUCGUACUGUAGAGACUGAGGAACUGUCCUGCACUGUCGAUGGACUGGCACCAGCCACCACGUAUAAGGUGAAAUUGAAAGCAGUCAACAGUAUAGGGCCAGGACCGUCGUCUGCUGCCCUCAAGGCCAACACGCUGCCACUGCCUCCCUCCCCUCCCCCCCUGUCAUGCCCUGCCGCGGGCCACAACUAUCUCAAGCUCAAGUGGGGCGAUGGCAAGAACCCCCAGUUUACGCAGUACACUGUCCAAAUGGAGAACCCUAGAUUGGCUGAAAACAGUCUGCAGAUAGUAUACCAAGGCACGAGUCACUGUUGCAAAGUCAACAGGCUGCAGGAGAAGUCAGUUUACAGGUUCUGUAUUUCUGCGGCCAACGACGCCGGCCAGGGCCCUGACUCCUCGUUUUAUGAAUUUUCAACCACCAUUGCUCCACCCCCUUGCUUAAAAGCACCUCGAGUGUCCGAGGUAGGGACGAGGAGUUGUUCAGUGGAGUGGUCGGCCACCAAACCGAUGGGCUCAGACCCCAUACUGUACUGCCUGCAGCUGUCCAGACUACGAGACCAGGUCUACAAACAGGUGUACAGAGGAGUGGAGACCAAGGCGUCAUUGGGAGAGCUAGAGGCGGGGGCUGACUAUUGUGUGAGAGUUUGUGCUGUGCGACAAGUGGAGACAGGUGAUCUGCCAGGGGCAUACUCCCCUUCAACCACCUUCUCUACCCCCGCCUUGCAGACGACGCCUACCCACACCGCCAAGGCCCAUCAUGCUCAGAGCCCCUCAUCCAAGCCCCUGUCGGACACUCAAUGGGCCCUAAUACUUCUGGUGGUAUUCGCUGUUGUUUCCUUCUUGGUUGCAUUCAUCAUGCAACACUUUAUCUAUUGAAUGUAUAUUUUGCUGACAUAACUUCUAAUUCAAUUCUGACUGUCAUUACGUUCCGCUAAGAUUCUAAUCAUCGAGUGUAGUCUUCCAUUUAUCGGCAGCUACAUUUCCCCUUCUGAUUAACAUAAAUUUUGACGCACAGUCCGAUCGUAAAGUAUUAUUUUGCUACAAGAAGUCGAGAUCUGGUGCUAUAUCUGUGUUUCGCUGCUCGAGUUGGCAGUUCUGAACAUUGCUAGAGUCACUGUUUAGGUGAUUGAAUCUAACAGCGUUAUGGUUUGCCAUAAACUAUGAUAUGUAAAUUAACGUUAUAUUUAGCUUUAACCUAUUAUUCUUGUUGUUACAGUGUAUUGUUAUAUUUUUGUUAAUUUAUUAUAGGCGUUUAAAUUAAAUUAUAUCCGUUUGGUAAUUUAUGUCGAUCAGUUGUUAAGUAAUUUAUUUUUAAAUAAGUUAAUAGAAAAAUAAAACCUUUUGCCUGCCUACGGUCGUUAUCCUUUUAUCCAAAGAAAACUGCAUUUAAUGUUAUUUUUACUUCCGAUGUUUCUGUGGAUUUCAGCAAUGCAGAAUUAGCAUAUUCAGCAUGAAGACUUUGAAAACCCUUUUAACACAGGUUGUAAACAUUGUGUGGGUAAAUUUUAUUCAAACUAUUUUGUACUGUAGAUAUUCUAUCUUAAAAACCUACAUACUAAUUUUAUAUGCAUUUUUAACUAUUGUAUUUUAACCUUAAUUUAAAUUUUAGUGUAAUAACAUACAAUAAGAAUAUUUUUGAUUAUUAUUUAUUUGGGAGUUCCGAAUCACAUUAUAUUUUGACUUUCUGUGAUAGUUUGCAUGGAAUGUUUACAUCGUGUUUACUGUUAAAUAUUUUUUAAACUUUUUUCCAUUAGACUACUAGACUUGUUGAAAUGUGCUAUAUAAUAUUUCAGUAAAUGUAAAAUGUUAUUUAAUGUUUUUUCAAUAAAAUCUUCUGCAGCACAACAUAUUUUUAUCUUUGUCUCUUGUGCAAACAUUUUUCAUAACAUAAGCACUUUUGUAUGGGUUUGACUAUUUUGUAUGUCUACUUUUAUAAAGGUAAUUCAAUAAAAUAUUUUACUUAAGAUAGAGGGCCUACUGUUGAUUGUUGCCAUUAUUAAUGACUAAUCUCGCUUAAUGCUCUGAAUGUGUUUUAAUUUGUUUUCAUAAAUCGUAAACAUCAUUGUAAAUAUUGUGGGAACACCAAUAUAUGAAGGAAGGGAUCGUCAAACGCUCAACUGAAUUGUCUAGUUUAUUUAUUGUAUCGAGGUGCUAAUGUUCAGAGCUGCUAAUAUGUGUGCAUUACUGUUUUUAACGUUUGUGCGAAUGGAAGUUAGCCUUAUGAAGGUGCAAUAUUAAAUAGUUACCGAUCUUCCAACGCACUCGACGAGUAACGGAGUCUACAUUGACCCCAACGCAUUCAUUCCUGUAGCGUACAUUUUUAUUCUUUAAUGGUUUAUUUUGAGUGUUUGUUGGUGCAUUUUUCUUUUCCAGGUGUAACAUGAAUGAAAACAUAUUAUUGUUAUUGUUGUGAUUGUAAUGAAACAGAGUUUAUUUAUCAUUGCUGUUAUUCUAAAGCAGAUGAAUGACAAGAGAUAUAUUAUGAAUACUAUACUAGUUAUAUUAAAGUUAUAUAUAAAUAUAUUAUAAAUAUAUAAAUAUAAAAUAGUGACGUUAUAUUUUAUGUAUGUGGAUCAUCACAAAGAUUACAAUUUCCACUAAAACACA